AUGGAAAAGAAGCUGUAUUAUGCGUUUGUUGAUUUGGAGAAAGCAUUUGACAGGGUGCCGCGCGAGGUUACUAGAUGGGUCGUGAUAAAAUCAGGUGUAGAGGAAUGGUUGGUUAUCGCAGUGAUGGCAAUGUAUGUGGGGGCACAAACACCAGUACGGACGUAUUAUGGUGAUAGUGAAAGCUUUGAGGUGAAGGUAGGACUUCAUCAAGGAUCUUUGCUGAGUCCAUUAUUAUUUAUAUUAGUAAUGGAUGUGGUGGCUAAAGAAAUGCGUGAAGGACUUCCCUGGGAGCUAUUAUAUGCAGAUGACCUUGUAUUAAUGGCAAACAGUGAGGAAGAAUUGAAAGUUAAAAAAGUAAAUGGAAGAUGA